UUGCCGAUCUAUGACCUUGAAGAAACGCAGGAAGUAGAAGUGACGGUUGUGGACAGUAAUGACCAUUAUCCGGUUUUCGCCGCAAAAUGGGCUCGCGGCGAUCCUAUUGUUCUACUACGUAUUUAA